GCAGGUUUUAUCAUACAUGAAGCAGAAGGUUGUGUUGGGAGGAUGUCUAGUGUAAAUAGUGAUGCUUCUUUAGUUCUCUCUUUCACUGUGAUUUUUGUGACCACACUGUUUUUGUUCAGGUCAAAAAAGAGCCAGUCAAGCUAUUUUUUUCUCACCAUACCCCACAAGAAAGUGAAAUAACACAUCUUAUGUCUCCCUGAGAUUCCUUUCUUUAUUUCAAAACAUUUACCUUUCUCUCCUCACAUCCUCUCAAGCCUUCACCUUUCCCUGUGCUGUGUUAUACUACUCCCAAUUCCCAUGACACAAUUGGUGGGGACACUUGUGUUUUUCUUUAUCAGAUUCUUAUUUGUUUGAACAAAGUAGUAGAAGAAGCAAAACAAAUAAAAAAAUAAGAUAAAGAGAGAAAAAGAAAAUCCCUUGAAUAAAGAAGUAGUAGUAACAAAAAUCUCUUUGCCCCUCACUCUUCCAUUACUUUAAAGGUGCAUCUCCUACUCUUUUCUUAGAUGAAGACAAUCAUGGCAAAGAGUUUCCAAGACUUGUCCUCUAAGAGGCAGUUCCACUGGACAGCUAAAGUCAGCAAUGAAGAAGAAGUAACAUCAAAAGAUUCAUCUCCAAACAGAAAUGAAGAAGGGAAAACAGAGAAUAUAAAGGUACAUUCUUUCAAGAAUCCUGAAGUUUCAAACACCAAGUCAUCAACUUUAAACACCAUCCAUGAAAACAAGGCUGAGGACAAACAAGAAUCUUCUUCAGCAACUAGGAGGAAGCUGCAGACAAUAGCAGUAGCCAGACUAAAAUCUGUCCUAACAGCUUUCGGGCGAAACAGGUCUAACUUCCAACAAGGCCUUGGAACCAGAGUUGUAGGCACUCUUUUUGGGCACAGGCGUGGACAUGUACAUUUUGCAUUUCAAAAAGAUUCCACCUCCCAGCCAGCCUUCUUAGUUGAACUAGCCACACCUAUAAGUGGUCUAGUCAGAGAAAUGGCGUCUGGAUUGGUCCGAAUCGCGUUGGAAUGCGAUAAGGAGGAAGAGAAAAAAGUGUCUAGACUCAUUGAUGAGCCUGUGUGGAGGACUUACUGCAAUGGUAAAAAAUGUGGGUUUGCAACAAGAAGAGAAAUUGGGGCAAAAGAAGUGCAGAUUCUAAAAGCAGUGGAGCCAAUAUCAAUGGGUGCUGGUGUUUUGCCAGGGAAUGGUGAAGAAGAAAGUGCUGAUUCUGGUGAGAUUAUGUAUAUGAGGGCUAAAUUUGAGAGAGUUAUUGGAUCUAGAGAUUCAGAGGCAUUCUACAUGAUGAAUCCUGAUAGUAAUGGAGCUCCUGAACUUAGCAUUUAUUUGCUAAGAGUUUAAGGUUUAUCACUUAUUAGAAUAUUAGAUUAAGUCCUUUUCUUUCCUCUUCUAUCUUGAAGAGUUUAACUGAAUAUAUUGAGAUCUAGCAAUGUUGUAUGUUUUUAUUUUCUUUGUUAUUUUGGAUAACAAUGGGUUACUGUAAUCUUUUUUUCUCUUUCUUGGGUGGAAUGGAAAAUAUAUGUUACCUAUAAA